CUUGCAGGAAGUGUUGUGUUACUCUCUUAUAUUCUCACGAGCUUCACACUGGUGCGUCUGGUGCACAUAGUUACUACGUCACAUCCGGUGAGUGGGGUCUUUUUUUGUGUUCCCGUAUCCGCCAUUUCAGUUUUUGAAGUUAGUUGUCAUCGGUCGCUGGAUUGUAGCUGGAAUUCAGUCUCUAAAACGCGUUAAUAUGACUAGUGGAGCUUAAUACCGCUCAUAAACCAAACAGCAGUGCUUUUUAUGUGGUGGUUGUGGCUCUAUCUCGGUGUAUUGAUGUCUAAACAGCCGGCUGCUGGAGCUCUAGUGUUUACUAAACGUGCUCUAGGCGCUAAAGUUUGUGUAUGAGUUGAAGGCUCUGCUGGAGGAUAACGGGAGGGAGACACGGGAAGGCCCCGGUGAAGCCUCGGCUCUGGACUGGUUACCAUGGCCGGCAAUUUUGACGCGGAGGACCGAGGCAGCUGGUACUGGGGCCGGCUGAGCCGUCAGGAGGCUGUGUCUCUGCUGCAGGGGCAGCGGCACGGCGUGUUUCUGGUCCGGGACUCCAUCACCAGCCCCGGAGACUACGUGCUCUCCGUGUCCGAGAACUCCAAAGUCUCGCAUUACAUCAUUAACAGCAUCAGCAACAACCGACAGUCCGGUCCAGGUUUGGCCCAUCCGAGGUUCCGUAUCGGUGACCAGGAGUUCGACGCUCUCCCCGCUUUGCUAGAGUUCUAUAAAAUCCACUACUUGGACACCACCACCUUAAUAGAACCCAUCAACAAGUCCAAACACACCUCCUUCAUCAGCGUCGGCCCCGGCGGCCCCCCGCCGCGCCUGGAAGACGAGUAUGUUCGAGCACUUUUCGAUUUCCCUGGCAAUGACGAGGAGGAUCUCCCGUUUAGGAAGGGUGAUAUUCUCCGAGUUCUGGAGAAGCCAGAGGAGCAGUGGUGGAACGCCCAGAACUCUGAAGGCCGGGCGGGGAUGAUCCCAGUGCCGUACGUUGAGAAGUACCGACCGGCGUCUCCGAGUUCGGGGGCGGGGCCCGGCGUGCCUGGGGGGCCGCCGGGAGGAAUGGCGAUGCUAGGGAACUCUGACGGCUCUACAGCCCAAUCCGGCGCUCCGCUGCUGGGAGACCCGAGCCAGUACGCCCAGCCCACCCCCCUCCCAAAUCUCCAGAAUGGACCUGUCUAUGCCAGGGCCAUACAGAAGAGGGUGCCCAAUGCAUACGACAAGACAGCCCUGGCCUUAGAGGUGGGCGAUAUGGUGAAGGUGACCAAAAUAAACGUGAACGGCCAGUGGGAAGGUGAAUGUAAAGGCAAGCGCGGCCACUUUCCCUUCACGCACGUCAAACUGCUGGACCAGCACAACGCCGAGGAUGAACUGAGCUGAGGGCGGACGGCCAGGCCGCAACCUGGACACUAGUAUUAGACCCUUCCUCACCGUUCCCUACCUCCCUUCCUUCCCAUUCCACACGCUCACCGGCUCCCCCCCCUCCCUCACAUCUGUUCCAGGUUUUACCUGCACCAAGUACAGUUUCAGAGAAUCACUGAGAACAAAGCAAACAGGCCCUCGUUGGACCCUUGUAAUGCGCACACACACCCUCCGUUUCUACCCCUCUGAAUAAUCAUGCCCGCCCUUCUCCUGCUCUGACUGACUGACUGAUGUACUCUACAGUGGAACUGUAAACUGAAUCUCCGUUCCAUGGAAGUGGCAACACCCUUUAGAUCCUCCCCUCGUCUUGCCGUGGACACAUUAUCAACACUCACUCCUCAGGAGACUCUUCGCCGCAGAGUUCAACCACUUCCUCUUCCUGUGUUGGAGCCAGGAGAUAACUGCUCAGCGCUGUGUCAUUUUUCAUCCUCAUCCGUCACCAUGGUUACAGCGCUGUAGGAUCACUCGUGCUGCAUUCAUGUCAGAUGGGAAUACAGUAACAAGUUGAAGGGUAACAACACAGUUUUCAUGUGUUCUGUCUUGUUUAAAGCUGUUUUGGUGCCAUUAUUGAUUUUUUUGACAGUCUUUGUUAAAAACAAUAGUUUGACAUUUUUAGAAAAUGCUUAUUCAUUUUCUUGCCAAGAGUUAGAUUAGAGCAUUGAUACUACUCUGAGUCUGCACGGUAGAAAUGAAGCCACCGCCAGCAGCCGAUUAGCGUAGCCUAGCUUAGCAUAAAGAUUGGAAGCAGGGGGAAACUGCUAGCCUAGCUCUGGGCUAACGUAACAAAAUCCACUUACCAGCACCUCUAAAGGUCACUAAUUAAAGCAUUCUAUCUUGUUUUGUUUAAACCGUAGAAAAAACAAAAGAUUAAAAAGACAGUUCAGUUUUAUGGAGAUUAUGUCCUGGACUAUUUCUUGGCUGAGACCAGUUGCAAAAAAAUAGUCCAGUACAUAAUCUUCAUCUUUAUGUUUGCUGUAACUCAAAUAGUAACUCACAUUUGGACAGAUGGUGCCUUCAAAUGAAACUCGUGAGCUCGUGUUUACAACAUGGGAAGUCGUGCACACAAUAUGCUUGGCGUCCAAGUGGUUCAUUUGUGAGAACACCGCUGCUAAGCAACGGCAAUAUUAACGUUACUGUCGGCGUCUAGAAGCCACGAGGGCUAACAACUUAGCGAGCUAACAAGUGGGUAACAUAAUGCAGUAAAUGUAAAGGUAUAAUGAAAAAGGAUUGAGUCGUUGGGAAUAUCAACAUUUU